AUGUGUUUCGUUGCACCAGUAGUCCUUCCGUCAAGUCCGGCUAACGUAGUGUCAAUUUCAUGGGCAAAUUUAUCUCUCCAAGUCUACAAUGUCCAACCUCCCAAUAUUUUCACAUCAAACCAAAACUCCAUGGCCUGCCAAUGCAUUCUGGGCUCUUACUCAUCUUCUUCUCUAUCCCCAAACCCCAAACCCAAAACCCUCAAUAAAAACCCACCAAAACCUCUCGCUUCAUCCUCCAUUUCCUCCCACCUCUCAACCACAUAUGAUAAUGAUGAAAACGAUAAAACCCAUAAACCCAAUUUCGAUUUCCUCAAGCUUUCUGUAACUCUCACUGUAAUCUCCACCGCUCUCCCCCAAAUCCCAACCGGCAUAGCCACCGUCAAAGAGACAAAGCGAGUGCCCAAGAAGUCCAUGCUCAAAAAAUCCGAAGCUUUAUCUCAUCAAGAGCUCGAGUCUUGGUCCCAAGGCCUCCCCAUCGUCUCUAAUCGAAUUCCAUACACCAAGCUCUUGAUAUUUAACCAGGAAGGUAAGCUCAAACGUGUUAUCAAGCCUCCUAGUGUUGAAUUGCAAAAAAGGUUAAAGCCCGUGGUGGUGCUACUCGGGAUGCUCAGGAAAUCAUCGACUUGA